GAGAGCGCCGCCCACCCAUCCGGGGCAAGAGCCGCGCCGCGGGAGAGGCAGGCUGGACCGGGGGCUCCCCGGGCCCGCGACCCCCGCCGUGACCCCGCAGCCCCCAGCCCACCCCCAAGAUGAUGAAGAGGCAGCUGCACCGCAUGCGGCAGCUGGCCCAGACGGGCAGCUUGGGACGCACCCCGGAGACCGCUGAGUUCCUGGGUGAGGACCUGCUGCAGGUAGAACAGCGGCUGGAGCCGGCCAAGCGGGCAGCCCACAACGUCCACAAGCGGCUGCAGGCCUGUCUGCAGGGCCAGAGCGGGGCAGACAUGGACAAGCGGGUGAAGAAGCUUCCCCUCAUGGCUCUGUCCACCACGAUGGCCGAGAGCUUCAAGGAGCUGGACCCUGAUUCCAGCAUGGGGAAGGCCUUGGAGAUGAGCUGUGCCAUCCAGAAUCAGCUGGCCCGCAUCCUGGCCGAGUUUGAGAUGACCCUGGAGAGGGACGUCCUGCAGCCACUCAGCAGGCUGAGUGAGGAGGAGCUGCCAGCCAUCCUCAAGCACAAGAAAAGCCUCCAGAAGCUCGUGUCCGACUGGAACACACUCAAGAGCAGGCUCAGUCAGGCAACCAAGAAUUCAGGCAGCAGUCAAGGCCUGGGAGGCGGCCCGGGCAGUCACAGCCAUACAACCAUGGCCAACAAGGUGGAGACGCUGAAGGAGGAGGAGGAGGAGCUGAAGAGGAAGGUGGAGCAAUGCAGGGACGAGUACUUGGCUGACCUGUACCACUUUGUUACCAAGGAGGACUCCUAUGCCAACUACUUCAUUCAUCUCCUGGAGAUUCAGGCCGAUUACCAUCGCAGGUCACUGAGCUCACUGGACACAGCCCUGGCUGAGCUGAGAGAGAACCACGGCCAAGCAGACCACUCCCCCUCGAUGACAGCCACCCACUUCCCCAGGGUGUAUGGGGUGUCGCUGGCAACCCACCUGCAAGAGCUGGGCCGGGAGAUUGCCCUGCCCAUCGAGGCCUGCGUCAUGAUGCUGCUUUCUGAGGGCAUGAAGGAAGAGGGUCUCUUCCGCCUGGCUGCUGGGGCCUCGGUGCUGAAGCGUCUCAAGCAGACAAUGGCCUCGGACCCCCACAGCCUGGAGGAGUUCUGCUCCGACCCGCACGCCGUGGCAGGUGCCCUCAAGUCGUAUCUGCGGGAGCUGCCAGAGCCUCUGAUGACCUUCGACCUCUAUGAUGACUGGAUGAGGGCGGCCAGCCUGAAGGAGCCAGGGGCCCGUCUGCAGGCCCUCCAAGAGGUGUGCAGCCGCCUGCCCCCCGAGAACCUCAGCAACCUCAGGUACCUGAUGAAGUUCCUGGCACGGCUGGCGGAGGAGCAGGAAGUGAACAAGAUGACACCCAGCAACAUCGCCAUAGUCCUGGGACCCAACCUGCUGUGGCCACCUGAGAAAGAAGGGGACCAGGCCCAGCUGGAUGCGGCCUCUGUGUCUUCCAUCCAGGUGGUGGGCGUCGUCGAGGCACUGAUCCAGAGCGCAGACACCCUCUUCCCUGGAGACAUCAACUUCAACGUGUCAGGCCUCUUCUCAGCUGUUACCCUCCAGGACACAGUCAGUGACAGGCUGGCCUCUGAGGAAAUUCCAUCCACUGCUGUGCCCACCCCAGCCACCACCCCGGCUCCGGCUCCAGCUCCAGCUCCAGUUCCAGCCCCAGCCUUGGCUUCAGCGGCUACCAAGGAAAGGACAGAGUCUGAGGUGCCCCCCAGACCAGCCUCCCCCAAGGUCACCAGGAGCCCCCCGGAGACAGCUGCCCCAGUGGAGGACAUGGCUCGGAGGACCAAGCGCCCAGCGCCAGCCCGGCCCACCAUGCCGCCCCCCCAGGUCUCUGGCUCCCGCUCCUCCCCUCCAGCCCCGCCCUUGCCCCCUGGCUCUGGAAGCCCUGGGACCCCCCGAGCCCUGCCCCGACGUCUGGUUGGCAGCAGCCUCCGAGCCCCCACAGUGCCACCCCCAUUACCCCCCACACCCCCUCAGCCUGCCCGGCGCCAAAGCCGGCGUUCACCAGCCUCCCCCAGCCCGGCCUCCCCAGGUCCAGCCUCCCCCAGCCCAGUCUCUUUGAGUGCCCCUGCACAGGUGGACCUGGGGUCUGCCACAGCAGAGGGAGGAGCCCCUGAGGCUGUCAGUGGGGUCCCCACUCCCCCAGCUAUCCCCCCUCAGCCCCGCCCCAGGAGCCUUGCCUCAGAGACCAGCUGAGCGACUGGUUUCUCCCUAAGCAGCCCUCGGCAUCCCCUCCCUCCCCACCUGCCCCUCCCAGGACAGCUCUCACCCCCCGCAAAGGGGUGUGGGCCUCCAGCCUUUGCCCACAAGUGCCUCAGUGCCCACUGGGUCGGCCCCCAUGGCCAGGAGGGCUCAGGACAGUCCUCCACUUCCUGACCUUUUGCUCGUCCACCCUGGGCUUGGGGACCCCCCACUGGAUUCUCCACUCUCCAGCAGGUCCUAGGGGAGCCACCGGAAGGAAGGAGAGGCUUGCCUGCUCCUACGGGACUGAUUCUUCUCUUGCUGACAUGUUUUUUGUAAGGCUGGUAAAUAAAUUAUUUUGGACAAAACUGGA